CCAUUUUCGUCUACACCCAGUAUACUGCGCACAGCCAAUCCAAUUAGUAUGAUCCAGGCUGACCACGAGAGAGGAAGGUUGAGAUUUCAGCAGCACUAGACUCUAUUAGCAUUAGUAAUUCCUAGGACUGCACUGCAGAGUAGCAGGUGUUCAGUGAAAGCAAAGCAGCCUUUGUUGUUGUGGCAUCGGAGCCUUUUUCUCCCUUACUCAUCAGUGGGAAGGAAACAGGGGUACCGUAAAGGGAGUGGGUGAUAGAGAAGGGGAGAGAAAAAGAACAGCAUCAUUGUAUUCUUGCUGCAUUGCUGGGUUACUGAUACAGUACAGCAGGCUGUUGAGGUGUUGGGUGUUUUUUGGCAUACAAGGUUGCAUUUCGCUGCACUUCUGUCUAUUUGUUUUUUGGGCCGUCGAAUCGAGCCCUUUUUUCUGUGUUGUUGUUUUUGUACCAGCUGAGUCAUCAUGUCUGAUCAGACGCCACAGAGCGAUGCCCCAACCCCCACCACAGACAAGAUCACACAGGCUGCCAGGGAGACCAUUUACCUUUGCAACUUUCGGGUCUCCGUGGAUGGAGAAUGGCUUUGCUUAAGAGAACUGAAUGACAUUUCCCUAACUCCAGACCCAGAGCCAGUUCACGAAGACCCCAAGGAUCCUAUUGCAAUCGAAAGGCUGAACCUCAUGAAUAUGGCUAAGCUGAGCAUUAAGGGACUGAUAGAGUCUGCACUGAAUCUGGGGCGGACACUGGACUCGGACUAUGCGCCCCUUCAACAGUUCUUUGUUGUGAUGGAACACUGUCUUAAACAUGGGCUAAAAACCAAGAAAACAUUCCUUGGACAGAAUAAGUCGUUUUGGGGACCUUUGGAGUUGGUGGAAAAAUUAACGCCUGAAGCAGGAGAAAUAACAGCCAGUGUAAAGGACCUGCCUGGACUGAAAACCCCGAUUGGCAGAGGAAGAGCCUGGCUGCGUCUGGCAUUGAUGCAGAAGAAGCUCUCUGAUUAUAUGAAGACUUUGAUUAACAGAAAGGAUCUUCUUAGUGAGUUCUAUGAACCAAAUGCCUUGAUGAUGGAGGAGGAAGGAGCUGUGAUUGCUGGACUGCUGGUCGGGCUCAAUGUUAUUGAUGCAAAUCUCUGUAUGAAAGGAGAAGAUCUAGAUUCGCAGGUUGGGGUUAUAGAUUUCUCUAUGUAUUUGAAGGAUGGAGGUCACACCAGCAAAAGCACUGAAGGGGAUGGACAAAUUACAGCAAUUCUGGACCAGAAGAACUAUGUUGAAGAACUUAACAGACAUCUAAGUGCUUCAGUGAACAACCUGCAGGCAAAGGUUGACGCUUUAGAAAAGUCAAACACGAAACUAACAGAAGAGCUUGCAGUUGCCAACAACAGGAUCAUAACAAUGCAGGAAGAAGUAGAGCGAGUAAAAGAGGAGAGCUGUUAUCUUUUGGAGUCAAACCGCAAGGUGUCAAAAGCGGAUGGGAGUGCAGAUGGACAUGUACUUGGUGACGCACGAAAACAGCUCAAGGAAGAAACUCAGCUCCGUCUGGAUGUAGAAAAGGAGCUGGAAGUGCAGAUUGGCAUGAAACAAGAGAUGGAGCUCUCCAUGAAGAUGCUGGAAAAAGACAUCUGUGAAAAGCAGGAUGCAUUGGUGGCACUCCGACAGCAGCUGGAUGACCUCAGGUCACUCAAUCAUGAAUUUUCACUCAAGUCACAGACCUCUGACUCUGCAUUAAAACAGAAGAGUGAAAUUAUCAGUCGCUUAGAAGACAAAGCAAGUCAGUUGACAGCAACCAUUAAACAACUGGAAUUAAGAUUUCGGCAAGCAGAGGAUCAGCGUCAGUCAGCUGAAGAGGCCAACAGACUGUUCAAGCAGGAGUUCGGAGACAAGAUUGAGAGCCUGCAGCUGGAGCUGGAGCAGACGAGAAAGCAGCGAUACCAUUUGGAGAUGGAAUUGAGAAAGGAAAGAGAGAGGAGGACCAUUCAUCACAAUAAUAAUUCAUCAGGAGAUAAAAGCUCUUCCCCGCAGAUAAAAACUUACAAACAGCAAAUGGCAGAGAUAGAAAAGGAGCUUCAGCAAGUUAAAGAUGAAAAUUUUAAGUUAAAAACUGUUUUAGAUGAAAGCCUCAACUCAAGCACGUCACUAUCACAAACUGAAGAUGAACAGAUUCCACCCUUCAUUGAGCCAUCGAUCUGCAAGCUGUGUGAGGAGGAAGAUUCCUUAACAAGACCCAAGAACUCGUGUAAAAACUGCAGUGGGAUCUUCUGUGAGAGCUGUUUAGCAAAUGAGUUGCCUCUGCCCUCCUCCAUCCAGCCGGAGCAUGUUUGCAGUGCAUGCCACACAAUGCUGAUGCAGCAGUACUCAGCAAGCCCAUCCUAAUUUGUCUGAAAUUAUAGGACAACAAGCAAAUUCACUUUGCACCAGCUAAUGAAUGCAUACAUUAACAUAUCCGGUCUUUGCUAGAUGCUAUCAUCAUCUGUAAAAAUCUAAAUUAUUGAAUGGUAUUUUUGCUUUAAAGAAUUGGUGUGCAUCAGUAUUUCUAAACUGCAAUAUUACUGCAAUAAGAAUGGUGACUUAAAGUACUUGCAGCUAACAAAAUAAUUCCAUAAAUAUGUCUCGUGUGUAGUUUUGAAAAAAACACCUGUAAUAGCAAAACAUGAUAUCUGGUACUGCAUGAAGUUAGAUAAAGUGUUCCGCUUGCUUGCCUUACUUUCAGGAUGUCUCACUGUUUCCCUUUCUAAAUGACUUCCUUCACAGUGGCUUUAUGUUCAAAGCAUAUUGUUAACUGCAUAGCAUAUAUGGUCAAUGGGGAAGCAGCUGUUAGUUAAUGCAAGGCAGGAAGACAUCCGAGAAAGUUUCACUGUGAAAAAAAAACUGAAACCAAGGUUUUUAAAAUAGGAUUUCUUUGUCCCCAGCUAUCAAGUUAGUUUGUUAUAAAAUGUGUUUCUUUCAAAAGCAUUCAUUUGAGACCUGUAUCGUGAAUGGAAGUGCACAACAAGAAAGUUUGAUAGAAUUAUUUUGUUAGCUAUGACAACUUUAACAAUCAGAAUGUACAUUGAAGGUUAGGUUAUUGGCUCUUGUACAAUGUCUGGUUUCAGUAUUUCCACAUCGUAUCUGAGUAGGAAUACAAAGAGGCUUCAGUUUAUUGAUUACCAAGAUGGUACCCGUUCUGACAGUUUAUACCAAUAAGGAUAUAUUUAAAAUAAGCAGUAGGGAAAUCUGAAUAAGGUAAAUUUGCAAAAAAAAUAAAAUAAAAAGCUAUGUUAAUGUAAAACUGGUAAUAUUCUUAAAUUUGAGAGAAUUCAAUAUCCUAACCUUUUAUUAAUGCCUCUCAUUGGUAGCAUUAGAAAAAUAUUAGGAAAGUGUCCACUAAGUGGAUGUGUAAGAAACAUUUAGUAUUCAUUUAAUCACUUGCAUCUGAAUGGUAUGUGUGCCGAUCAGGAAAACUGAUUAAAGGUUAUCAGAAGUGAAAUCUAUCUGUCUUUAUCACUUGCUUAAAUACAGAUCUAAAAUCUUAAUUAUGCCUAGUUAUUUCUUCAUACCUUACUCUUUCCAUGAAUAUUGUUUUAAAUAUACUGGAUCUCAUUUUAAAUUAUAUAUAUUGUUCAGAAACACUACAAUGGUAACAUUAAUUUAAUAUUUUUAAAUUAAUAUCUCAUUUAAUUUGGGUCACUCUGGGAAGCAGCCUUAUCUAGAAAUGUAUUAAAACCAACGUAAAUUUGAGCAAAGAUCUUUAAAUACAGCAUAUUGAUCCAUUUGUAUUUUUCCCUUAUAUUAUUUUUAUUUUCAAUGCAGUAUUUGAUUUUAAAGUUGGCUUCCUGCAACAUUGCCCAGAAGCUCUUAAGAAAGGCAAUGACCUGUGGUGUGCAGGGUGAGUCAUGCAGCACAGGUUCACCCCUUGGCUGUGCAGUUGCCGCUCUUCACUGGGGAUUCCGAAGGGAGCGUUGCAUUGGCUCUGGCGCUCAUGUGGGUUAGGGAAGCAAAAACGGCAGGGACUGCUUCUCAUCAUUGCGCUACAGCGAACCCUGCUGGCCAGGCACCCAGUGAGCUCAGAGCAGACUCCUGCAGGGCUGGCUUUUGUCCUCCAGAGGCCAGUAGCUUGCUGACAUCUGUUCUUGAGUUCCUAGGUGUAAAAGAGGAAGCUGGCUUUGUAGUGGGAUUGGAGGACACCCAACAAACCUUCGGAUCGCCUGUGCUGUGUGUGGGGAUUUGCUGUGGUGAGGAGAAAAAAAAAAUUGGACAUUCCAAAUUGGGGUGAAAUAAUUGGGCACACCUAAAUAAAAAAAAAUAGAAAAUGACCCAAAUACAUGUAUGUUACUGCUGCUGUAUCAAUAAUCAAGUCUGGGUUGAAUACAAGAGAAAUGACUAUAAACUAAUGCAAGGAAAUAUACAAAGAAUGUUAUGUUGCAAUUGUAUUAACUAGAAUACAGUUAUGGCCUUUUAAACAUGCUUUGCCUUUGUGUUCGUUGGGCAGCGUAUUGCUAUAUGACACUAUUAACAUAGCAGUAUUUAUAUCUGUAAGCAAAAAACAGUUUGCAUUACAAAAAUUAACUGAAUAGCUAAAAAAGGUAUACUGUUAUGAUUCAUUUUUACACAUUAAAAACACAUUUCCUUUCCAUUUGAAAUGUAAUGGAUGCAAGUGCAGUUUUAAGAUGGGUGUUUUCAUUGUGCUUAAUCUAAACAUUGCAGUGUAUUUUUGUGACCUUAUCUCAUUUCUGGGAAACAGUCGUACAGAAUGUAGCUCUAAUAUGAAUAUUUGUUAAAAUAUGUAGAAUAUAAAAUGAGAUUUGGACUUUUU